AUGGCCGACAGGACCUCACGACAAGCGCCUCCGCCAGGCGCCCCGCGGCGGCAGGUCCGGAGGAACCUCUUCCAGGGCCUGACGAGGCGGCCGACAGGUCCCACAGGGGCGCCCGUGGCUGCGACGACGAGCACCGCCGCCGCCGCGGCCGCGGUCGCAGGCAAUGGCGUGGCGGCGGCCGGGGCUCCGGGGGGUUCAUCGUCGGGGGCCUCCGCCGAGACGCUGCGCCUCGAUGUCGACGUGCUCUCGGACGGCGGACCGCCCGCGGUGGCGGCGGAGCCGGCGGAGAUUGUCGUGCGCGACGAGCAUGGCGAGGUAGAGCUGGGCGAGCUGCCGACGCUCGUGUUUGACGAGGCCGACGAGGUGGCGGCGAUGGAUGAUCGGGAGGAGAGCAACAAAGAGCGGCAGAGGCUUGCUGAGGCGGUGAAGCAGCAUCAGGUCAAUCACACUGCGGUUCGUGAGCAGCCUGAGGAACUGCUUGAGGCUGUCAAGGCGAGUCUCCGGGCCAAGGUAGCGGCUCUCGCAGAAGACAAUUGGAUGUACGAGGCCGAGCCGGAGCUGCCUCGUGCUUUCUGA